GUUUAAACUUUAAACAUCCCCAUCAGCAAGAACCUGCCCGAGCCUAAGGUCUGCAUAAAUCUGCUUCCUCUUUAUAAAACCUCCCACAGAAGGGCUCGAUUAGCCCUAGAUCGAAUUCAGAUCAGAGAAGGACAGCCGUCUGAUGCGAUGCUGGCUACACCGAGCUUCACACAGAUUUGUGAAAGCUACUGGCGAUGAUGUCAAGACCGAUGGUCCUGGUUUUUUUGCUCCUGAUACUAAUAAUCACAUCCCAGUUUGAAUGGAAGCAACAACUUGGUAAUGAAAUGGAAUUAAGUCCAGGUAUCUCUGGGAAGCAGCAGCAUAUUCUAAAGAAGGACGAAAUUGUCAAAGAAAAAAUAAUAUUAUCUCAGGAGAAGAACAUUCAGAGGCUCAAUGAACUUGUCCAGACUCUCCGGGAACAGCUGCUACAGUGCAGGGGCAGUAACAGUACAAAAAAUGGCAGUGGAAAGUCUCUGGCUGCAAAUGUAAUCGAGCUUGAGCGGCAGGGGAGUCUGGAAGACUAACCUCUCCAUAUCUAUAGGAACUGAAGGUAUCUUGCAAGUUCUUACUGUAUGCAUUGGUGUAUUCAGCAUGACUUGUUGUUUUGCCCAAACAAUUCCAGCAUGCUGAGGUUUUCCUAAAUGUAACUUCAUUAGUAUUCCAACUGGCCGGAGUAUCCUCACAUGAUUAAACUGUAAAUUUCUCCUGUCAAUCUUUCUCAGGUAGUUAAAAUCCUGGCAGUACAGGGCAUGCUUUUAUCA